AUGGGAGACAAAGAAGCCCUGACGCUAGGUAAAGAAAAGAUGGAGGAAGAACAUAUGAAAGAACUAGUUCAGGCACUUCCUCCAGGUUUUAUGGACAGUCCGCUAAAAGAUAGCGUCCGAUAUAAAGGUCAGUCUGAAAUCGCUAAAGACCCCGCCAAGGCAGCUAUGGCUAGACGGCUUUAUUCGGUCGAGGAGACACCCAUGGUGAAAAGCGACACAUUAUUACCUGAAAUAGACGACGGAAAAGCAUUAGACAAAUUGAAAAAUGGUGAAAACAAAAAUCCGGACAAAACAAAAGAAACUGUACCAGACAAACCCUCAUACACCGGACAGCAGGGAGAAGAGGAUGGGGCUAAUAAGCCCCUAAUCGCCGAAUCCACUGAAAAGAAAGAAAGUACAGACGACGACAUUGAAGUGGAGGACGAUGAUAAUAAAAGUCUCUGUUGUCUUACGAUCAAAUACAAACCUUCAGACAAACCCGACUGGCCACCAAGGUUUCAUAUAAAGGACAUUGUUUUGGCGUUCAUUGGAUUUUUCACAUUCGCUAUUGAUUACGGAACCGACAUCCGCCUGCUGGUGUUCUACUACAACGAGCAGAGACUGACACAUCUAUACCUAACGGCUGGGUUCAUUGUGGUGCCGUCCUUUAUCUCGGGAGUGAUCUCCGUCAUUUGGUACAAAAUGUACUUCAGGAGGGAUGUUAGGAAUGAAUAUGAACACGCUAAAACGUUGUACUAUUCCCGAAUUGUACUUUCGUUUCUUCAGCUUGGCCGACUAUGGAGGCAAGGCGAGUACAUUUAUUGUGUGGCGCAUAGCUUGCGCUUGGAGAAGAAAGGCAAAGCGACCGAAGCACGGGCACUAAGGAAACGAGCCACAGAAGAAAAGCGAGACGCCACGAUACUCGGUCUCAUCGACGGGUUUUUGGAGUCCGCCCUUCAGCUCUUACUACAGAUCUUCAUUGCAGCCGACAGUCAAAAUUACGUCACGGACUUUCCGAUCCUGUCCUCUUUGAUGUCCUCUUGGUUUUCAACGUCACUAAUCAUCACAACAUACUACAGAGCCAACAGGAAAGCCCAGAAAAGUAAACAAAACGUGGACUACGUGUCCUCCCUGUUCUAUCUUCUCUGGCGAAUGUUUGAGCUGGGUCCACGCUAUAUAUUACUUGGUCUAUGUGCAGCUUAUUUCAAGCCUUGGUCCUUCAUUCUAGCAACGGGGCACGUCAUUUUUGUCACGCUUUUGUACCGAUUUAUGAAGGCGGAAUUGGCGGGAAUCUGCGAAGACCCAGUAGAAGAGGUGGAAAAAGGUAACACACAACACGCGGAGAACCACGCGGAGCCACGAAAGCCUGGGUGUGGCGUACCUAUACUUCAGCAUGCCUUCUUACUGGUUCUCGGAUUCAUUGGCUUGUUUUCUUUCAUCAAUCUGAAAGAAGGAAAAACCAGAUAUUUAACUUUCAUUUAUUACGUGGUUUAUUAUGCCGAGAAUAUGCUGAUGGUGGCGGUGAUCAUUUGGUUAGCAGACGACAGACUCCCGCCACCUGACUGUUACGUGCUUGUCGUAGCUCCAAUAGGAAUUAUAGGUCACGUGGUUUGCACAGCAAUAUUUUACUUCCUUUUCCAUCCUCAGACAGCUGGCAAAAGGAGGGUCAUUGCCCCGAGGAUUAAGCUUAACUGCCCAUGUCUGCCAAAAUGAGACAGGAUAUUUUUCAUUUAAUCAGUCAGCAUAAUAAUUUACAUGCAAGUGCAUUUUAACUGCUAAUGUAUGGUACGAUUUCCUCCAAAGAAGUAAAACUGGGCAUCAUAUCUGACAGAACUAGGAAUCAAAUUAUGUACCAAGUUAAGAUAUUGGAUGUCGAGAAUAAGAGAUGAAGUGAAAAAGGAGAAAGGAAACGAAAGGAGAGUUACUGGACUUUGUAUGAUAUACAAUGUGUGAGGACAGUGGGCACUUGUAAAGAGUUGUGAAAUAAAAAACUUUACUACUAAAACAAGUAUAUGCAAUGGAUUUUCCCCUUGAAUCGUUACUAAUUCUUGCAUUCUGCAUUCUAAUAUUUAUAAAACAGAAACCCUUAAAAAAAUCCCAUUAGAUUUCCGUGAAAUUUAUUUAGUACAGUUGUGUAUAUGUAUGAAAAAAUUGAUAUAUAUAAAUAUUUUUCUCGAUGUUUUCCAUAACCUGCACUGAUCUUGUUGUAUGAAGAUUUGCUUCUUGUAAAGACAUGCAUUUGUGUGGGCAUAAUUAUUCAUUUAAUUUUACAUUUUUGGAUUUAUUCUUUACUAUGUACAGAUAUUUCUUACAGCAUCGAUUAUUUUGGUUUAGUUGAUUGGCCUUGCAUUUUACAUUUUAAUUUAAUGUUGUAUUUUACUAUAAUGCAUUACUGUUUAAUGUGUAAGAUGUUUUUACUGUUGUUUUGUUAUUGAUUAUUGUUCAAGGUUGUAUAGUAUGUUAUAUAGUCGAGCAUUAUGAUGGUGGUUCUUUAGGGACUCAGUAUAGCCAAACUUCCCCGUGAUGAUUCUGAUGCAAUGUUAAAGUAUCUACAGUCAUACUGUAUACAGCAUAGUGUCAUAAAUGAGUCAACUUUUAUUCAUUUUACAUGUACAAUAUAAUUCAUUGAAAAUAUCCACUUUUCUAAAUCAUUUUUAUAAACUUAUCAAGAUUCAAUACUAACUUUUACACCAUUAACAACACACAGACCUGCAGUAUAUGAUCUCAGUGUCCCCCCCCCCCCCUAAAAUGCCGUACACAUAUUAUAUGACAAAGGAUAUUUUUUAAGAUGAAACUUAUCGUAAAACGUGAAAUUUGACUCGUGUAUGGCACUGCAUUGCACUGUUUUAAGGAUGCAUGUAUAUAGAUGUGAAGGUUAACAUUAAUAGCGUCGCUACACUGGUCUCAAAGAAACUUGCUGUAAACCAAAUGUGUGCAGCAUUCUUGCUUUAAUUAAACUAUAGAAACAAAUGA